UUAGUGUUACCUCUUUAUAUAUAAAAAAGCACCAAUGCCACACGGUAUGGCUCCCUGGGGUGAUACCCCAGUCCCAUAUUUACAAUAUUUAAGGGGCUUCCUCGCCUGACCCCAUCCCCUGUGGCAGAAGAACCCUAAACUGUAGUCCUUCCCCACCGACCCAGCGUAGAUAAUAUUGCCCGAACCUGGAUGUGGCAGCAGAAGCUGCUGACACUGAUUGAAGACGGCGGUCCUGCACAUAUUGGCCGGCAGAGGCGAGACCCUGGGUUGAAGUCUCGCGAGAAGUGGCGCCUGCGCGCUGCUGACACCCCGCCGUUUGUUGUUGGUCGAAUGACGGCGGUUGGCGGACGGGCCCGGGGCAGAGCCGCGAUAUUUUGUGAACAUCUUAAAAUCAAGAAGCUAUAUUCAAUACAGUAUCCAAGGAGAAUAAUGUACUAACGUGCCUUCGUUGGAAAGGAAGCAGGUGUUUUUUUUCAAAGGGAGGAUGAAUAGUGAAGAAGAAUUUUAUGAUGCUGUCACAGGUUUUGAAUCAGAUGAUUCUGAAACUAGAUUGGAAAGUUUUUCCAGCAAAAGUGGAAGCAGCACAUCUGAACAGAAUGUUCACAACCAAGAUUUGACCCAAGAAAAUGGAAUUAAGAAACAUAGAAAUGCAUUACCAGCUCCAAUGUAUAGUAGAAAUCAAUUAAGUUUGUGGAGCAUUUUAAAGAAGUGCAUUGGAUUGGAGCUGUCAAAAAUUACUAUGCCUAUUAUAUUUAAUGAGCCUUUGAGCUUUCUACAACGAAUUACAGAAUACAUGGAGCACACAUACCUCAUUCACAAGGCCUCUAUGCUUUCUGAUUCAGUGGAGAGAUUGCAGACGGUAGCUGCAUUUGCAGUUUCUGCUGUUGCUUCGCAAUGGGAAAGGACUGGCAAACCAUUCAACCCACUACUAGGUGAAACCUAUGAACUCAGAAGAGAGGAUCUUGGAUUUAGGCUUAUAUCUGAACAGGUUAGCCAUCACCCACCAAUCAGUGCAUUUUAUUCAGAAGGCAUCAAUAAGGAUUUUGUUUUCCACGGUUCCAUUUAUCCAAAGCUUAAAUUUUGGGGGAAGAGUGUAGAAGCAGAACCACGAGGAACUAUCACAUUAGAACUUAAUAAACAUAACGAGGCCUAUAGUUGGACAAAUCCUUCAUGUUGUGUACAUAAUGUAAUAAUUGGCAAGCUGUGGAUAGAACAAUAUGGAACUGUAGAAAUUACAAAUCACAGUACUGGUGAAAGAUGUUUGCUGCAUUUUAAACCGUGUGGGCUUUUUGGAAAAGAACUGCAUAGAGUUGAAGGAUACAUUCAAGACAAAAGUAAAAGGAAGGUAUGUGUAAUAUAUGGCAAAUGGACUGAGUGCUUGUGGUGUGUGGACACUAAUACAUAUGAGACCUACAAGAAAAACGAUAGAAAGGGUGGAGACCAAAAGAAAGCUAAGGAGACAGAGGAUGUUGUGCGAGCUGAAAAUGAUGAAGCUGACGACAUGCCAGAAAUCCAGGAAACCGUACAAGUUAUUCCUGGAAGUAAACUACUCUGGAGGAUAGCAGCAAGGCCUUCACACUCUUCUCAGAUGUAUAAUUUCACUAAUUUUGCAAUGAUGUUGAAUGAACUGGAUGAAGAAAUGAAAGGUGUUUUGGCACCAACUGAUUGUCGCUUUCGACCAGAUAUCCGAGCAAUGGAAAAUGGAAACAUGGAUUUUGCUGGUGCAGAGAAAGAAAGAUUAGAAGAAAAACAACGAGCUGCUCGUAAAGAGAGAGCCAAAAAUGAAGAGGAAUGGAGAACCAGAUGGUUUCGACAGGAUAUCAAUCGGCACACACGAACGCCAGACUGGAUUUAUACAGGGAAGUAUUGGGAAAGAAAUUAUGAAGAUUGCCCUGAUAUUUACUGAGGAUUUUAAUUCUCAAAAGUUUUGUUGAAUGUCGAUCAAAUGACUUUAACAUUUCUACUACUUCUAAAUCUUCUACCCUGGUUUGUCUGUAUGCUUUUAUUUUGUUUAACUCACACUGAUGUCAAUCCCAGAAUCUCUUAACUGUAAUGUUUAUGUGCAAUAACCGACAAGAGGUUUUGGGAAAUUUCGCCCUGGCCUUCAUAUAUAAAUAAUACGAUGCUUGAACUGUCUUGAUGGCAUCUCUAAUCUGGUGUAAUGGAAUUGAGUGCAACUGUUGAGUUACCAGUAGAAAUGUUCAGUUGGAUUUCCUGCCAACCUCCCUACAGCCCUCCAGAUGGCCAACUGAAUUAAUUGAGUGUGUGAUUCAGCCAUAAUAGACAAGGAAGGGCAUAGAUUCAACCCUUGGUUUAUGCUAGGUUAGAAGAUUUUAGUUGGGUGUGGGUGUUACCAAGGCCAUCCCUGGAUUAAGAUUGGAUAAACUGGUGAGGGGUUCAUAGCCGAUCCUAUUCAUUGAUCCUUGCUUGAAGCAUGCAUUUAUAAAUAAAGGACAAGGACAAAAAUUGGGUGCAGUUCUAAGACCCACUGGGGUGAAAAUAGCUUGCAAUCGGUCACUACAAAGACUCUCAGAUGGAAUAUGGCUACUUGGGUGAAGUACCAGAGAGCAGCUGCUGUGCAUGGAACUACAGAGAAUGGCACCUUCAAGAGAAAUGGAGAAAAACUAAGCAAGAAAGAGAAGAGCUUAAAGAAUUUGCUUUACCUGAGCUUAUGACUUGAAACUAGGUACUUGUGUUUUAAAUGCUUAGUCAACAUAAAUCUAUAUAUGUAGGUCUAAAUAAAAAUUACAAUUCCACUAGAAUACUAUAAACAUUAACUUUGUAUUGUUUUUUUCCCUUUGGUACCCCCAAAAUACAGUAUCACAUUAGAGCAGACAUGGUGAUCUUUUUUAUGAAAUGUUGCAAUUUAAUGAGUUUUAAUAAAUAUGUUGGGAAUUGGGAAGGAAAUAAUGUUUUAUUAAAAAUAAAGCAGACCUCUGUAAAUAUAUUCCCAGCAAUCAGAUGAUUGUGCUGGGUGCUAUGUUAGAUGCUAACAAUGAACCUAAAAUUGGUGAAUGGGAUUGAAAUACACAGCUGUUAAGCAGCCUUUAAACUAAACAAUUUAGUGGUGUUGCACAGCUUAAUGUGUAAAAAAAAAAAAAUCACAAGACCUUUUUACAUUUUUUUUGCUGCAAUAGUGAAUAAAUUUUCUCACCUCAGUUUUUGUGAUGGUUCUUUUGAAAUUUAGACUUUUAAUCUCCCCUGUAUUCUUUAUUUGACGUAUGGAUGAUUCGGGAUGAAUCCCAAUUUUUUUGCUGGCUCAGAUAACACGUCAUGUAAUACCUUCUGUCAAUGAUAAAGGAUGUCUUCAGUUAAUUAGUCCACAUAUCAGUGGGAAAGGCAUUUUGCAAGUCUUAAAGUUUAGAGUACAAAUGUCAGCAGUGAACCACCCUUUUUCCAUCUGACAAUGUCAUCCCUCUCUGUGAGAGUGAUCCUUUAUUUUUUACAAUUGCUCUUUUGCAGUAAUCCACUUUAAUGCAUGAUUUGAAUGUCCCCAGAUAUGUACAUUUUUAGAAGUAUAACAAAACAGCUGCUUGCAUCAUUGUUUACGUGAAAAUUUGCAGAUCCAAAUAUGAACAAAAAAUUGUGUAUCUGUAUGUGUUUUAUUGCCAAAGUGAUCUUUUAUUUUAUUCACGUGCGUGUAUUUUGUUGUUCCAAAGCCAUAAUGUUGUUUCAACUUGAAUUCACAGAUAUAAUUUUCUGGAAUAGGGAAUCAAAUUGUAUAAAACCAAGUAUAUUAUCACUGGGCUUGAAAUGAUGGGAAAUUUUGUUAAUAAAUUGGUGAAUCAUAUUUACUAAUUGUUGUGAAUCAAUAAGAAUGCUGAAAUUUAAAUAACAGCAUUAGUAAUCCCAUUGAGCAGAAAUUAUUCACUAUUAUGGAAGCAGCAGUUAUUUUUUUAUUUUUUGAGAUCACUAUUCAAUUUCCCCUUGUGCAGCCCAUCCAAAAAUAAACAGGUAAGACGCUUUUACAUUUUGUGGGAGAAGAAGGUGUGAGUUGUGGGAAGAUAUGUAGGGCAAACCCUGAAGCUUCACACCCAAAUUCCUAAUUGUAUGAACUUUGCACAUGUAAACAAUGAUUGGUUCUAAAAAUUGAUCAGACAUUUUAAAGUAUUUUGAAAAUUGUCAGCUUUUCCCCCAAAUUUUAUUGAAGAGUAUAGAAUUACUUUCACGAGAACAAGUACUCUUUUGUACAGUCAUGCCUGUGAGGUAAAACAAAUGUAUAAAUAUGAGGUUAAGGUUUUUAUAAUCUAAUGUGUUUUGGUACUAUUUUUUAAUCUCCAAAUUGCAUAGGAAAUUUCCAUCCAAUUAAUCUGGUGUUGUGCUGAAUUGUUCUGUUAUUGAUACUGGGGUGUGCUUGAGUAAAUUGCAUCUGCUGUGGAUGUAUCUUCAGCAGUCUACUACAUUAACUUAACUCUGCUAAUAACAGAACUAAAUAAUAUUCUACAUGCAUACAAAUGGUGAUAUUUUACCCAGAGGAUAGCAUUGUUUUUGGUAAGGGAAUUAAAAUUUACAAUGUGCAUGUUAGAUAUGUAUUGCUUCCAAAAUGAACCACAGCACUAAACUAUAUCACUCACAAUAUUUUUGUCCCAAGGUGUUGUUUUUGCCUCUAGUGCUAAAACUGUAAUGCAUGAAACAUGAACAUUUACCCAAAUCAUGCAUAAUUUGGAAAUUUGUGAAUAGUGUGUUGUUAUGUGACAGGAAAUAAAUUGGUUGUUGUAAGUUAAGUGAUGGUUUGGAAAGAAUACAAUGAUGUAUGUAAAAGAUGCCUUAUUUAUUUUUGCUAUCGUAUGGGCUGAUGUUUCAAGCUAUCAAAGGUAUGAUAUGGUCUAUGUUUUAUGUUUCCUUUAAACUUUAAUUUUGGCUAAACUUUUUGUUUUUAAAAAAUAUUGCAGAGAAUGAUCUAGCAUUGUGGUACAUCCAAAAAAAUUAGAAUAUAACAUGGUAAGACAUUUUAUGGUACUAAAGAUUUGACAUGUAUAAAAAGGUAAAGAAGAAUUGAUUUUAUUUUUGGUAGUCAAUUACUGUUCAAAUCGUAAUUAAAGGGGACAUCGUCUCUUUUCACAUCAAGCUUGUAAAUCUUGGCCUUUUUAAAUUAAAUUUAGUGCUUGUGACAUACACUUGUCACAACUUGAAUUAUGUUCAUAGUAAUUCUAUCUUUGUAUAGAGUAAUGUUUCUCCCCCACCCCCCGCCCCCAAAAAAACUGUCAGGUUAAAUGGCCUGUUCCAUUUUCCAUACUCUGUAAAAUUGGUAUGUUUACAAAUUAUCUCCACAUGUAAAUGUUGUGCCUCCAUAUAACAUUUUAAACAAAAUGUCAUUUUAGCUCAUGAGUAGUGUUUAUUUGAAUUGUUAUAAAACUGAAAUUCCAUUUGCUAUCUAGUUUACAACCAAAUAAUCAUGUACACUGAUUUAUAUUCUGUAUCGAGUUAUGAAAGUUCAACUCAUUUUGCCGCCUUAGACAGCUGCUUCUCAGUUGAAUUGUUAAACAGUUGUUUCUUUGCCUUACUAAAUGUUGCAUGAAGAGUUCAGUUCAUAAAACACAAACACUUAUGUAAAAUUGACUUAUUUUUAUAAUAUUUAAAUGUCAAGGCCCAUUAAUAAAGCUUCAAAUCAGUUGUAAUAUUUUUUCAGAAGAACCUGCAUAAUUCUAAAUUAAUGUAUGUUAACAAGUCAAAAUGUAUAAAUAUUAAAAAUAAAACAUU